CACUGCUCCAGCUCCCUCCGACAGAGCUUUUUCCAUGUGGAGACUCUCUCAAUGGACGUGCCCCCUAGUGCUUCUUAGACGGACUGCGGUCUCCUAAAGGUCGACCAUGGUGGCCGGGACCCGCUGUCUUCUAGUGUUGCUGCUUCCCCAGGUCCUCCUGGGCGGCGCGACCGGCCUCAUUCCGGAGCUGGGCCGCAAGAAGUUCGCCGCGGCAUCCGGCCGCCCCUUGUCCCGGCCCUCGGACGACGUCCUCAGCGAGUUUGAGUUGAGACUGCUCAGCAUGUUUGGCCUGAAGCAGAGACCCACCCCCAGCAAGGACGUCGUGGUGCCCCCCUACAUGCUAGACCUGUACCGCCGGCACUCGGGCCAGCCAGGAGCGCCCGCUCCAGACCACCGGCUGGAGAGAGCAGCCAGCCGCGCUAACACCGUGCGCAGCUUCCAUCACGAAGAAGCCGUGGAAGAACUUCCAGAAGUGAGUGGGAAAACAGCCCGACGCUUCUUCUUCAAUUUAAGUUCUGUCCCCACUGACGAGUUUCUCACAUCUGCAGAACUCCAGAUUUUUCGGGAACAGAUGCAGGAUGCUUUGGGAAACAGUAGUUUCCAGCACCGAAUUAAUAUUUAUGAAAUUAUAAAGCCUGCAGCAGCCAGCUUGAAAUUUCCUGUGACGAGACUAUUGGACACCAGGUUGGUGAAUCAGAACACAAGUCAGUGGGAAAGCUUCGACGUCACCCCGGCUGUGAUGCGGUGGACUGCUCAGGGACACACCAACCAUGGGUUUGUGGUGGAAGUGGCCCACUUAGAGGAGAAGCCAGGUGUCUCCAAGAGACACGUGAGGAUUAGCAGGUCCUUGCACCAAGAUGAACACAGCUGGUCACAGAUAAGGCCACUGCUAGUGACUUUCGGACAUGAUGGCAAAGGACAUCCACUCCACAAACGGGAAAAGCGUCAAGCCAAGCACAAACAGCGGAAGCGUCUCAAGUCCAGCUGCAAGAGACACCCUUUGUACGUGGACUUUAGCGACGUGGGGUGGAAUGAUUGGAUAGUGGCACCUCCGGGUUACCAUGCCUUUUACUGCCAUGGGGAAUGUCCUUUUCCCCUGGCUGAUCACCUGAACUCCACUAACCAUGCCAUCGUGCAGACUCUGGUGAACUCUGUGAAUUCCAAAAUCCCUAAGGCAUGCUGUGUCCCCACUGAGCUCAGCGCAAUCUCCAUGUUGUACCUGGAUGAAAACGAAAAGGUCGUGCUAAAAAACUAUCAGGACAUGGUUGUGGAGGGUUGCGGGUGUCGUUAGCACAGCAAGAAUAAAUAAAUAAAUAAAUAUAUAUAUAUAUAUUUUAGAAACAGAAAAGAACCUACACCCCCUGUACCCCAAAAGAUACCAGCUGACACUUUAAUAUUUCCCAAUGAAGACUUUAUUUAUGGAAUGGAAUGGAAAAAAACACAGCUAUUUUGAAAAUAUAUUUAUAUCUACAAAAAGAAGUUGGGAAAACAAAUAUUUUAAUCAGAGAAUUAUUCCUUAAAGAGUUAAAAUGUAUUUAGUUGUACAUUUUAUAUGGGUUCAACUCCAGCACAUGAAGUAUAAUGGUCAGAGUUAUUUUGUAUUUAUUUACUAUUAUAACCACUUUUUAGGAAAAAAAUAGUUAAUUUGUAUUUAUAUGUAAUCAGAAGAAAUAUCGGGUUUGUAUAUAAUUUUCAAAAAUAAUUGUAGUUGUUUUUCAGUUGUGUGUAUUUAAGAUGCAAAGUCUACAUGGAAGGUUACUAAGCAAAGUGCUUGCACAUUUGCUGUGUGUUUUUUGCAGCACUACUGUUAAAGUUCACAAGUUCAAGUCUAAAAAAAAAUGGAUAAUCCACUCUGCUGACUUUCAAGAUUAUUAUAUUAUUCAGUUCUCAGGAAUGUUGCAGAGUGGUUGUCCAAUCAGUGAGAACUUUCAUUCUUAUUAGGGGGAAUAUUUGGAUAAGAACCAGACAUUACUGAUCUGAUAGAAAAAGCUCUCACCACCCUCCUUGCAGAAAGAACAAAGCAGGACCAGUGGAAAUAAUUAGGCAAACUGUGACCAUGUCAGGAAGUGGUAAUGGCAUCUUGUUCUUUCUUAAACCUAUAAUCCCUUCCAGGGGGCUGAUCUGGCCAAAGUACUAAAUAAAAUAUAAUAUUUCUUCUUUAUUAACAUUGUAGUCAUACAUAUGCACAAUUGAUUAUCUUGUGGCCCUCAUAAAGAAGUGAAAAUUGACUUGUAUUUUGUGUUUACCCUAUCAGCCAGCUUUUAUUCUCCAAAGCACCCAAUUUUCUACAUUUGCCUGACACGCAGCAAAAUUGAGCGUAUGUUUCCUGCCUACACCCUGUUCUCUGACCUAUCAGCUUGCUUUUCUUUCCAGAGAUAUGUAUUUGAACAUAUUUCUCCAAAUGUUAAAUUCAUUUCAGAUAAUAAAUAUCAAAAUUCUGGCAUUUCAUCCUAUAAAACCUAACCCGUGA